AAAAGAAUCCCAUUCCCAUUGCGGUUUAGCAAAAUAUUUCCGAGUCUAAAAACAUCGAAUCCGAUCUGUUGCUGCUGCUGCUAUCCAUAAAUAAAAUUACGAAAAAAAACACAAGUAGCUGAUAAUUAAUUACCAUGAAAAGAUCGAGUGUAAUUACGGGACUCCUGAUAUUAUCAUUGCUGAUACUCUUUGCAAGUGCUGAAGUCAUAACCCUAACUGAAUCCACCUUCUCCGAUAAGGUAAAUGAGAAAGAUACUGCUUGGUUUGUGAAAUUCUGUGUGCCUUGGUGUAAGCACUGUAAAAAUUUGGGUACAUUAUGGGAGGAUCUUGGAAAGACGAUGGAAGGGGAGGAUGAGAUAGAGGUUGGUGAAGUGGAUUGUGGUACUAAUAAACCUCUCUGUUCAAAGCUUAAGAUUGGAUCGUAUCCGAGUUUCAAGAUUUUCUAUAAUGGUGAAGAUGUUGCACGAUAUCGAGGAUCAAAGGAUGUUGAGUCAAUGAGAACAUUUGUUUUGGAAGAAACAGAGAAGGCUGCAACAGCAGCAGCAAAUGCACAGCUAGAAGAUAAAGAUUUGUGAUCCACCUCUCAGGAAGUUGAUCUUAAAAUUAUCCAAGCAGACACUAUGUUGGUGACAUUACUUGAUAGUUGUACAACUGUAUUUGCAAUCGCCCAGCUAAUGCUAUACUUUAAUAGAAAUGGUGCAAACUUUUUAGGGACAGUACGGCCACUGGUUUUCUCUUUUGUUUAUUCCCGGACUUUCAAUGUAGACCUAGGGAGCACAGUUUUGUUACGGGUCGGUAGUUUCUAUCAAAUUAAAUUACUUCUCUCUUUGUUUAACGUUUUAUUGUGAUGACAUUAAUUGGUGCAAGAAAGUAUUAAUUUCAGACA